GAUGGCGGCGGCGGCGGCGCUGCGGCGGGCCUGGCGGGAGCGGCACGCGGCGCUGCUGGAGCCCAGCUACACCCCGCUGGUGGCCGCCUGCCUCUGCCUGGCCGAGGGCGGCGUCAACCUCUGGGUCAUCCGCAGGGUGCCCUACACCGAGAUCGACUGGAAGGCCUACAUGGACGAGGUGGAGGGGUUUGCGAACGGGACCCUCGACUACACCCAGCUGAAGGGCGACACGGGGCCACUGGUCUACCCUGCCGGCUUUGUGUACAUCUUCCUGGGCCUCUACUAUGCCACGGGCCAUGGCACUGACAUCCGCCUGGCGCAGUACCUCUUCGCUGGUCUCUAUCUCCUCAACCUCCUCCUUGUCUUCCGCAUCUACUGCCGAACCAACAAGGUCCCCCCAUAUGUUUUCUUCUUCAUGUGCUGCGCCUCCUACCGCAUCCACUCCAUCUUUGUCCUGCGGCUCUUUAACGACACCGUCGCCAUGGCCAUCCUCUUCCUUGCGGUCAACCUGUUCCUGGAGGAGCGCUGGUCCUGGGGUUGCCUCAUCUUCAGCACGGCCGUGUCAGUGAAGAUGAACAUCCUGCUCUUCGCGCCCGGACUUCUCUUCCUCCUCCUCAAACGUUUUGGUCUCCUGGGCUGCAUCCCCAAGCUCUGCAUCUGUGCCCUUCUCCAGGUGCUUCUAGGGCUGCCCUUCCUGCUGGUGAACCCUGUGGGGUACCUCACCCGCUCCUUCGACCUGGGCCGCCAGUUCCAGUUCAAAUGGACAGUGAACUGGCGCUUCCUCCCAGAAGAGGUUUUCCAGCAUCGCGCUUUCCACACCACACUGCUCCUGGCUCACCUGGCUGGCCUGGGGCUCUUUGCCCUUCAUCGGUGGCACAGGUCCAGAGAGAGCAUCCUGGCUCUGCUAAAGGAUCCUGCAGAAAGAAAACAUCCAUCCCAUCCCUUGUCUGUCAACGAGAUUGUUUUCGUCCUCUUCUCCUCCAACUUCCUGGGAGUCUGCUGCAGCCGCUCCCUGCACUACCAGUUCUAUGUGUGGUACUUCCACACGCUGCCCUACCUGCUCUGGUGCACCCCUACCUCCAAGCUCGCCCACAUGCCCAAGGUGCUGCUGUUGGGCGUCAUCGAGCUCUGUUGGAACACCUACCCCUCCACCGUCUGCAGCUCCCUCUCCCUGCACAUCUGCCACGGCCUUGUCCUGCUCCAGCUUUGGUACGGCACAGCCCCUUUGUCGGCCCCACGUGACCCCCAGCCUGGCAGGAAGCCUGCACCGCUCUCAAAGAAGGUGCAGUGAGAGCCCAGCAGGCUGGACGAUGGGAACUGAACUCUUGGACUGCCUCUUCUGCCUCAUCUCUUCCCCAUCUGGCUCCCAGGCUGCCUCAGCCUUCCCAGAAGGGCCACAAGCCCUGGAACUGCUCGAAGGGGGCAGUUUGGGGACACCCCAGUAAUGCCCCAAUGGGCAGGACUUCUCCAAUAAAAGGGGCUGUGCGUGCCCUUCCUUA